AUUGUGGUUGCCUAACUUGGAAGCUUUAUUUCUGGGGACAACUGAAAUCAAAAAGGUCAACUUCAAUUUGAAAAAUCAAAUAAAUGAACACACAAUUAAAUUCAAUGUGUAAACAAUCGGAAAAUAUAAUUAUUAUUGAUUGCGAUUAAAGAGCUUUAAGCUUUCGUUUGAACAAUGGUAAACGUGGAUGUGGAAUACUGCGGCGUGUGCAAUUUUGCGAUGCACUGCCAGAUGCUGAGACAGUUCCUCUUGGAUGCAGCUCCCGAUGUGGAGGUCUCAUGCCAUCAGGGACGUCGUGGAGCCUUCGAGGUGAAGAUCGACGAUCAGUUGGUCCACUCGAAGCUCAGUUGUUUAGCGUUUCCCCAGCACCAAAGCGUGCUCCUCCAGGUGGAGAGAGCGCGACGAGGCGAAUCUGUGGAACGUGUGAAGGAAGCGCCCAUCAAAGACUGCAGCAUUAUGUGAAGCAAGUAAUGAUUUUGACCAAUAACUAAUUGUUGAUCUAUUUGACUGAGUUACUAAAUUUUUAAAUGAUAAGGGCUAGAAGGCUGAAAUUAAAACGCAGCAUAGCUGAUUUGAUGUUGAUCAUGCAAUAAAAGAGAUUGAUCGAAAUUCCAACUGCAAAUUGAUCAACAUUAAGUAAAUACGAACAAUUCUCUUUUAGCUCGAGUUAAAAUUCCUUUCGCUGAUUUAUAACUUUUAAAAAAUCUUUCUAACAUGAUUACAAAAUAUAGAUUUUUGUGUGAUAUCCUAAACUGACGCUUAAUUCAAAAAAUUGCUGUAGACGCUACAAAAAUGUUAAAUAUU